UUGCCAGUCCCACCCAAUUGAGUGCAGCUUGGUAGUGACGGGCUUCCGCCUUUAGCUACGAGUAGCGACGUUCGAAACCAAGAAGAGUAACGCGGACCACUGACGGCGUUGUUGCCUCGACGUUUCACGUGCGGCCAUGGCGGGCGUGCAAGGCGGCCAUGGCGGCAGCUUGAGCGCGAGCGGCAGCGGCAGCGGCAGCGGCGGGGAGCGCGAGGCGAUGAGGGAGAGGGAGGCCUCGGCGGCUCUGGAGGAGCUGCGCGCCAUCGUGCAGGCGUGUGCGACCAUGCUGGGCAGGAAGCCCGCGUCCCUCAGCGCGCGUUUGAGCGGCGGCACGCGCGCGUGGUCGGGGGGGCGGACAGCGCGCUGUACGCCUCACAGCUGCUGCUCUUCGCCCUGCACCAAGCCCUGCGCGCCUGCCCCCUGCGCUCCGCCCUCGCCGCCUCCAAGGCGGUGCCCUGCACCAGCUGCUGUACCGCGCCAUAACUACCUUCGCCACGCUGCACCGCAUUCACCUGCGCUCCCUGCAGCAGCAGCAGAGGGGCGGCGCCAGGCGUCCCUACGGGCGGUGGGGGGCAGCAGGGGGGCGCCGCCCAGACCGCCCUCCGUGGGGCACGAGCAGCAGCGCCCAGCAGCGGCGUCGGACGGCGCGGAGGACGAGGAGCGCGUGCCGGAGCAGACGGCCAUGGCGCUGGGCUUUGCACGCAUCGCCCCGCUGCUGCCGGAGCUGGCGUCGCCCGUGACGGCGCCCUGCCUGCACCACCUGCUCGCCUUCACGCGCGCCGCCAACUCACCCUCCGCCCAGCCGCCGCCCUCGGGGCUGUCCGCUGACCGCCUGCAUCAAUUCGUGGCGGCUGUGGCAGACGAGCACGAGGCGAUGGGCAAGCGCACGGGCAUGGUGGCGGCAGCGCUGGGGCUGCAGGAGAGGGAGGUGGUGGUGGCGGACAGCGACGCCACGCUCUACCUCGACGCGCCCGGGGCCCCCAAGACCCUUGUGGGCCACGGCCGCCUCUACCUCACUCCCCUCGCCCUCUACUUCCAGGCGGACGCCACUGGCUUCCUGCGCACGGUGGCGGGCAAGGUGGAGCGCUUCGACCUCGCAGCGCUGGGGGCGGGCCACAAGGUGGCGGCGGUGGCGCCGGACGCGCUAUCGCUCAACGUCUUCUCCAUGACGCGCUCCCUCGCCCUCUCCUCCCGCCUGCAGCCCACGUGGACGCUGGAGUUCAUCGAGUACAAGCUGCAGCGCCAGCGCGACCUGUGGCACGCGCUGCUGGGGGAGGUGCUCGCGCUGCACGCCUUCCUUGCGGACUACAGGCCCGCACCCACUCACGUGCUGCCAGCUGGCACGGAGGAGGGGGAGGAGGAGGAGGGGGAGUUUGAGGAUGACCUGAGCGAUGGAACGGCCAGGGAGGCGGAGAAGCAGUCGCUGGGGCGGUUGUUGGUGGAGGAGGGGUGCCAGCAGGCGCUGUGGGCGAUGGUCAACGCCGUGCUGCAGCUGCAGGCGCUGCAGACGGUGAUCGGCAGCACGCCCCCUGACCCCGUGCGCCUGCUGCCCUUCUCGUGGGCGCGCACGGUGCCCGAGGGCCACCUCGUGGAGCAGGCCGUAGCGCUGCGCCUGUGGGGCCCGCAGCGCCUGCCGGCGCUCAAGACGGGCAAGUGGUCCGCCAAGCGCCUGGCGUACCUGCUGCAGGGGGGGGAGGACGAGGACGAGGGGGCGGGCGGCAGGGGCAGAGGGGUGGCGUCGCCGAGAGAGCUCUUCCUCAGGAGCAAGGGAGGUUGGGGGAGCGGCGUGGGGAAGGGCGAGGAGGAUGAGGUGGGGGAGAGCAGUGGAGGGGGGGAGGAGAGGAGCGGGAUGCCUGGUGGGCUCAGGCCUCUUGGGCGGUCUGCUUCCUGGAAGCUUCAGUCGUCUGUGUCGUUUUGGAAAGGGAAGGAGGGGGGAGGGUCUAUGGCUAGUGAGGGAUCGGUGGAGGAAGGGGAGGAGGAGGAGGAGGAAGAGGAGGAGGAGGAGGAGGAGGAGGAGAGGGGCUUUGGCGGUCGGAUUCACAGGAAGCUGGAGAAGGCUGUCAGGGUGGCGAGGGAGAGGGAGGAGCUAGCGGACAGGGCGCAGGCGACAGUGGAGGGGUCGCUCAUCGACGACAUCCCCAGCAACGUCACGCUGCUCCUCCACCUGCUGCAUCCGGCGUACACGGCGGUGCGUGCCGUGGUGGACAUCAUCCAGUGGAGGGAGCCGCUGCUCACCAUCCUCGCCGCCAUGCUCAUGCUCUUCCUCGUCAACGGGGGGUACAUCUGGCUCGUCCCGUCGCUCCUGCUGCUGCUCCUCGCCGCCGUCAUCAUCUUCUACCGCGUCACCAACCUCUCCUCCUCGCCGCCCGCCCGCCCCUCCUCGCCCAAGUCGCCCGGCGCUCAGUGGACCCCCGGCAGCCCGGCGCUGUCGUCGUCGUCGCCGCCACUGCAACCACGGCCACCAGCAUCCGCAUCACUCUCAGCCGCGGCGGCGGGGCGGGGCGGUGGCGGCGGGGCGAUGCGCAUGCUGGUGGUGGAGAUGGAGCCGACGCCCACGGCCAUGGCGUCGCUGCUGAUGGUGAAGGACGGCAUCGCCGCCGCGCUCACCGUCUUCCAGCGCGUCAACGUGGCGCUGCUCAAAGUCAGAAGCAUCUUCCAGUCCGCCGAGCCGCAGCUGUCCAGGAAGGUGUGUUCGCUCCUGCUGGUGGGGGCGGCGGCGUGCGCUGUGGUGCCGCUGCUGGUGCCGGCGCGUGUGAUCGGCACGGUGGUCGUGCUGCAUGUCUUCUCCGCCUACUUCAACUUCCAGAAGCAGAAGGGCGGCCCGCAGACGGCGUCGGUGGGCCACAAGCUGCAGCGCUGGUGGCUGCUGGUGCCCGUGCCCGCCGUCAAGGUGGUGCUCAAGGGCUCUGCCGCCGCCGCUCAGGCAGCCGCGCCCACCUCGCACGCCGAUAAGGUCAAGUGACACCUCGACUAGGUCACGCGCGACUGGGCGCGACUCACCAACGUUGCGGCGGACGGCAUCAUCCGGUCGUGACUGCCGCUUCCAAUGUUCUGGGAGGUCACGACUACUUGGCUUUCUGUGUUUCAGUCUGCCCUUGAAAUUCCUAGUCUUCAAGUUUUUCUGAUGCGAGUGUGAUAGUUUAGAUGGCGAGUGGAGGAAGAUACACGGAGAGCGUGAAGGCUUAGGUCGACGGUACAGUGGCGGAAAGCAUACAGGUCUCACACGUGACGACUGGAAACUACCCACUCAUUUUGGUAGGGAUUGGGUGGUGGGGAUUGGGUGGAGCGAGAGAUACACAAAGCAAGGCGGUUGAUGCGUGGAUUGGUCUGGGCCCCUCGGCUUGCGCUACCCACAACUCACGUAUGGAACUGGCGAAGAAACUUGUGCAGAGAGAAAAUUGCGAGUCAACGCCGGAUCGAAGUGAAGCUUAGCGAACCGUG